UCGUGGUACAAGAAUGAGCUGGCAAAAUUCUGAGCAAUGUUUUUUUUCUUAUUUUCUUUCAACAAUUUUUUACCGCAUUAAAAUAAUCGAGUAAAUAUUUUGCUUUACCAUAUCAUAUUGUUCAGCUCAUUCUCAAAAAUUGUGCGCUGAUAAUCGGAAAAAUUCUUCUCAUUUCUUUUCGUUAUGCUCUAGAUUUCCCUAUAAGAUACUACUCCAUAACCUCAUUUGUGAAUGAAACAACAUAUUGUUAUCGUAAAACAUUCAUAAACAGCAUUUUCAACUUUCAUUAAUUAGUUUUGAAUAAUUUAAUAGUGUAUAUAUCGCGGAAAAGUGCUGUCUUGCAUUAAUUGGAAACGAGGCUAAAAUAACGAAACUAUAACGAGUGUGUGAAAACCCUUAUAAGGAAAACGAAUAAGACAUCACGAUUGAAAAUAACUUUUUAUCAGUUUUAAGUCCUUCAAAUUGUCCUGAGGCUGCUGAGGUGCAGAAGGGCUCUAUGUGCUCCAAAUCAGCGUUCUUCAACGAUAUCCUAGUUUUCAAAAACAUCACAAUUGAAUACUCUGAGAGGAGUAAAUUGAAGAAAAAUAAAUAUCGACGAGAAUUAAGGAGACAGUAUGCGGAACGAGAUCACAGCCGCUGUUCUGUUCUUAGUACAGCUGAUAGAAAAAAACGAAAAAUUUAGUCCCGAUCAAUUGGAAUGCUUCAGGCGACAUUUGGUUGAAUUAUUGACCGAGCGCUUUAAAAAUCAUUGGUUCCCCGAUAAACCCUUUAAAGGCCAAGGAUAUCGUUGUAUACGCGUUAAUGGCAAUAAUCGUAGAGACGAAACUUUAGAGAGUGCCGCAACAGCUGCCGGUGUUAAAUAUGAAGAUCUUACAUUACCAAUAGAAUUAACACUUUGGGUUGAUCCAAAUGAAGUCUGCUGUCGUUUUGGUGAGAGCAAAGGUUCUUUUUGUACGCUCGCCUCCUUCGACGAGAAAGAAAACACCGUUCCCAUUCACAAGUCGAAUAAAAAGUCCGAGGAAAAGGAAGAGAAAGAUGUCGACUCUCAGAAACGAUCAACGACCCCAACAUUGGAACAACAAUCAAAAUCAAAACCACUUAGUUCAACAAACCAAAAUCAACAGCACAGCAACAGCGGCGGCGGUGGCGGUUCAGGUAGGAAACGCAAUUUAAACAGCCCAAGACUUCAUUUAAAUCGAAAUCGUUCAUGGUUCAAUCAUUCUUUUAAUAUGGGUUACGGUCCACAUCCAAUGAAUCAGCCAUGGUACAAUAUAAUGCCCCCACAUUUUUUGGGUGGCCCAUCACCACCACCAUUUAUGGGCCAUCGAGGAAAUAAAUGGGGCCCCUCUUAUCCCACUGGACCCGCUAGAUUUCAUCACUGGUCACCAAAAGCCACUCUUAAAGUUUAAACACAAUACGUGAUUAAUAAAAAGCCGCGACCCUCUUAUAUAAAAAAGUGAAAUCUGUUCCUAAUAAACGAGAAACAAAUUCGCACAUCGACAAAAAAAUUCAAAUAGAAAUUUAAAAAUUUGCGAUUUAAAAAUCGAUUAAAUCAAUCGAAUUCGUGUGUCAAGAGAACGAAAUACUUUUUGACAAUUUAUUGUACUUUGACAAAUUUUACGGCUUUUUUCUCAAUUUUACGAUAUAUAUAUAUAAUAGAAAUAUAAAACGAUUCAUCAAGAAACUAAUUAAUUAACUAAAAAUAAUUAAAAUGAAUUUUAAUAAUUAAAAUUAAAUUAAAAAAUUAAAUCUUGUGCAAUUUUCAAUUUUAAGAUUCAGCAUAAUAAAAGAGAGUUCUUUAAUGAAAAAAAAUUUCACAUUAGGUCCAGAUUUCUUCUACUUUUAUAAUAAAAGCAAUAAUGAUUAAUUAUUAUAAUUAUCUGCCAGAGAAAAAAAAAUGCAGAAUUCUUUAAAAAUUGUAACUAUAUCAUAAUAUUUAAUUAUGAAUUACUAUGUAUUAUUGUAUGUUACAUAUAUAGUGUUGCAUGAAAUAGAAAUUUAUUUAACUAAAAAAGAAAAAUGCAGGCAAAAUUUGCUUUUUGCAAAAAA